GUUGUCAGUCAAUAUCAGUAUAAGUUCAACUUAAAACUCGCUCGCCUGUCAGUUGAUUUACGCUCAAUAUUUUUUUUUCAUUAAACGACUUCGCUUUAAGUGUAGGUACAGAAGCUAUCAAGUGUUUGCUGAAAGCUGCUUAGAACGUCAAGUUUCUAUAGAGAAAUUUUAUUAAAAAUAUAUCGUGUUCCCACAUUUUAGUGAAAGAUCUGCGCGUGAAACCUUGACAAUGGAGUUUAAUAAUAAUAAAGGUGAAAAUAAAUUUCCUUACGAAAUCACGGAAGCUGAAGAAGACGUCAGAGAACAAUUCAUAAAAGAUUUCCAUGGUCAGCCCACCGGUUACGUUCAAAUUGGACCAGAAAAAUGGUUUCUACCGGAUAAAUUUCGACACUGUGCAAACGAAAUUUAUAAUUUUGAGGCACGUUCGAAUGACGUCUUCAUUUGUACAUAUCCACGUUCAGGUACAACAUGGACCCAGGAGAUGAUAUGGCUAAUCUGCAAUGAUUUGGACUAUGAGAAAGCACAAAAGAUAACACUAAAUGAACGUUUUCCAUUUUUUGAAUUCCAUCUUUAUAUGCAUGACCAAAUGAAAGCAAAGUUUUUGGAAGAGAAUGAAGAGGAAUGGAAGAAAGAUUUCAUUGAAAAGAUUUCCGUGCCGGGUUAUAAGUUUCUGCCUGAAAUGACACAACAAAGAUUCGUCAAGACGCAUUUACCCUUUAAGCUGCUGCCACCGAGUAUAAUGGAAAAGCGCGCCAAAGUCGUUUAUGUAGCGAGACAUCCAAAAGACGUCGUGGUUUCAUAUUAUCAUCUCAAUAAAUUGUAUCGAACGCAAGGAUAUGUCAACGAUUUCAAUACAUUCUUUGAAUAUUUUACUAAAGAUUUAUUACAUUGGAGCCCUUACUUCGAACACAUUAAGGAUGCUUGGAGUCAUCGUCAUGACGAAAAUGUUUUAUUUCUUUUCUACGAAGAUUUGAUCAAAGAUUUGGAAAGUUCUCUGAAGCAGCUUGCCUGUUUCCUGGGGAAGCCGCUAAAAGAAGAACAUUUACCAAAACUGCUAGAUCAUCUCAGCAUUCAAAAUUUUAAGAAUAAUCCUGCCCUUAACGGAAAAGAUUUAAUAGAUGUGAAAGUUCUUGCAACGGGCGCUCAAGGAUUCGUUCGCCUUGGCAGCACAGAGAAGAAUAGCGAAUUGACAAGUGAAAUGUCUCAAAAGAUUGAGAAAUGGAUUGAAGCGAAUUUAAAGGAUUCCGACUUUAAGUUUAGGGUUUGAAAUUUAUUGUUGUAAAUAUUUUUAUUUUGGAAAUUCGAGAAAGGCGGCAAUGAAGCUACAAACAUAUCUAUGAAGUUUAUCAGUUAAUAAAGCGACGAUGUCGACGUCGACAUUUUUCUUCUUUAAAGUUUCAAACAA